AUGACCUCCUCUUCAGGAUCACAAGAUGGAGAUCGCUUCGCCGUCUCCCUGCGUGGUGAAUCUCCCUCACCCGCUCUACCAGGACUAGGAGCGGUUGACACCACAGAAUCCGCCUCCGACAUCUCGAGCCCCAUUUCUAUCACCUCGAGCCCUAUCUCUGGCACCUCGAGCCCCGUCUCUGGCACCUCGAGCCCCAUCUCUGGCAUCUCGAGCCCUACUUUUGGCGUGCAGACACCCACAUCUUCGAUCUCGUCGAUCUCUUCAAAUACAUCCAUCGGUACCACUCUAGAGAAGAACCAGACCAUGUUCCAGGGCUUCGAAUGGUACUGCCCAGAUGAUCAGGAGCAUUGGAAGCGCCUCGCGAAUGCGGCUCCGGCCCUCUCAAGCAUUGGUGUCACCUCCAUGUGGAUCCCUCCAGCUUGCAAGGGCUUCUUGGAUGGGAACGCAAGUGCAGGCUACGAUACCUAUGAUCUCUACGAUCUGGGCGAGUUCAAUCAGAAGGGUGGCGUCAAGACCAAGUACGGUACCAAGGCCGAGCUUCUGAAGCUUAUCGAGGUCUCUAACAUCCAUGGCCUGGCCAUCCUUUUCGACGUGGUCGUUAACCACAAAGGAGGCGCUGACUACCAUGAGCCGGUGAAUGGCGUCAGAGUUGACCAUCUCAAUCGUCUUCAUGAAAUUACUGGAGGACUGGAACACAUCCAGGCUUGGACUGGAUUUGACUACCCUGUUCGCAACGACGAGUACAGUACCUUCAAAUGGAACAAAUCCCACUUUUCAGGCGCACAUGACGCUGACGAUGAUCGUGGAAACUACGACUACUUGAUGUUCGCCAAUAUUGACCACUCCAAUCCUGAAGUGCAGCAGGAGCUCUUCAAUUGGGUUCAAUGGCUAGGAAGCGAGCUUGACAUUGGUGGCAUACGCCUCGAUGCCAUCAAACACAUAUCGAAGCAGUUCCAGAAGGACUUCAUCUCCCACAUCCGAAAGACGGUCGGACCUGGCUGGCUCAUCGUUGGCGAGUACUGGCACUUUGACGCCAGGUUCAUGGCCAAGCUCAUCGAGGACUUUAACCAUCAACUCAUCCUCUAUGACAUUCCGCUUGUCCACAAGUUCCGCGAUCUUUCCAAGACGCCGAUUGAUAGACUUGACCUACGCACCGUGUUUGAUGGAUCGCUGGUGAGCUUGAAGCCGGAACAGGCAGUGUCGUUUGUCGUGAACCACGAUACACAAGAAGGCCAGGCAUCCGAAUGCGUGGUCUCUCCGUGGUUCAUCCCACAUGCCUACGCGCUCAUCCUCCUGCACGCAAAGGCUGGGACCCCCUGCGUCUUUUAUGGCGACGUCUACGGCUCUUACGGACCCCAAGGUGAAUCAAAAGCCGGCGAAUACAAUUUGCCGCCUUAUCACUCCAGCGUGGUCAAGAUGGUCCUUGCUCGACAGUACUACGCCUAUGGUGGCAUGAGCGAGUUCUUCGAUGACCCGCUCUGCAUCGGUUUCACGCGCCACGGCGAUGAAGACCACUCGGACGGUGCAGGUCUUGCAGUCGUGCUGAGCGCACUGGAGGAGACGGCAUCGAAGAGGAUGUUUGUGGGACAAAAGCAUGCGGGAGAAGUCUGGACCGAUGUGCUCGGUGGCGUGAAGGAUGAAGUGGCCAUUGAGGGAGACGGGUGGGCGACAUUCCCCGUCCGACCACGGACGGUCUCCAUCUGGGUCGACGCGGUCGCUGAGGACAGAGAGCUGGUUGAUGGAUUUGUCUUCGAUCAUGACAUUUACGGUCUAAAGAGUGGUAGAGAAUCUGGCUGA